AACUGCAGUGUGGGCACCAUGCUGCUAGCUCUUGGCCUGAUUCUUCUACCUCUCUUAGAGGCCUCUGAAAACAUGGACAAUCAAACCACCUUCUUGUACUUUGCUUAUGGAAGUAACCUACUGAAAGAGAGACUACAGCUGAAGAAUCCCUCAGCAACAGUUCACUGUGUGGCCAGACUUAAGGACUAUAAGCUGGUGUUUGGGAACCACAAGGGGCUUGCGAGUGACCGCUGGCAUGGGGGCGUGGCCACUAUUGAACCCAGCCCGGGGGACGAGGUGUGGGGGGUGGUCUGGAGGCUAAACAUGUCUGACCUUGAGUCUCUGGACAGACAAGAGAAUGUGAAGUUGGGGGCGUACAGCCCCGUGGGGGUGUCGGUCUGGACCCGUGGCCAGGAGCUAAGCUGUCGGACCUACAUCAUGAACAGUUGCGUCUACGCUCCGCCAUCUCCACAGUACCUGAAGGUGAUAGUGAUGGGGGCUGAGCAGAAUGGUUUACCCAAGGACUACCAGGAGAAGCUUAAAGCCAUUGAGACCAACAAAUAUGAGGGUCCGCUGCCAGUGAUGGAGGAAGUGGAGCGCGCUUUGAAGAAAGCUAAGGAGCGAACGAAGCUCCUGUCUGAUGCAUAG